AUGAAAAACCCAUUCAUUUUCAAAGUAACAAAAGUUCACGAACUUCUUGAAUCGGAAGAUGGCGAGUCGUUUUUAAACGAUUUAAACGAGUUUGAUGAGAGGACUCCGGCUGAAACUGACGAUGAAGUUGUUGAUAACAAUCAACGGGAAAUAGAAUUACCGCAUGCUCAUAUGAAUGAAAACACAGAAUCGAGUGCCAGAUCCGAGAGUCUGACAAGCUAUAAUCGCGAGACUCUACUAUCCUCGUCCGUUGAAGAACCACCGAAACAGGAAAUCACUGAAAAUGUUCUAAUCGAUGCUAAUAAUGACGCUUCGAAUGAAAAUUUAACAUCUUCAUCAAUUGAAGAAACUGGAUUGAGCAGUUCCAGCAGCAUGUCCCUGUUAAAUUGUCAGUCAAUUGAUUUGUCUGCACAGAAGAGCGAUGGAUCAGGUGAAACGUCGCCUGAGAAAGUUCCGUUUCAAGAAGAUCGGUUUGAAAUGGUUCAAGACAAAAUACGAGAAGAUUCGUGUGUUCAAAGUGACAGUUCGUCAAUGGAUUACCCAGCAACAGAGGCUUCAUCUUUGGGAAAAGAUGUUCGUGACUCGAAACCGAAACCAUUUUCUUUCGGCAGGAUGCCAACAAUUUCUUCUGAAAAGGGGCAGACAACGAGUUCGUUUGGCGUAAACGAGGUUCAGAAAAAUGAUAUAGAGUAUUGUGUUAUUGUUUUGGACAAUAAAAAUGGUGCAGUUAUUGGAUUCGAGACUAAUCUUCUGAAGCUUAUGACUAUUGUUAUGGAAGAAACCGACUUGGAGCGAUACGGAACCCUGAGAUUCAUAUCUGAAAGAGAGGAAAAUGGGAAAGUUUACCCAAAACUAGGAACAGUCCGGUUUACGGAACCCGUCGACUCUGUAAUUGUCAAUGACGCUACAUCGAUACCAGCCAGAGUUAUGUUCUCAUCUAAUCAAAAGCAUGGUUCUUAUAACAAAACUGUCGCAUUCUCCGAUUCUUAUGGUCUUGUGAGAAUUCCCGAAUCGAAUGCAUCGUUGAAGCACAUGGCGGUUUACAACACCUUUAUUCAGCUAUGUCAAAUCGAAGACAAAUUGAAGCCCAUAUUUAUAUCUGUCGGUCCUCUGAAACAAGAUGAGAACGAUCCCAAACAGGAGUUCAUCGAAUCCAUGUAUAACUAUGAAGACAAAAUGUUCACUGAACCUAGAAAUCAUGGAACUUCAUCAGAAAAUUUCUUUCAAGUGCUUAGCCUAUUAUAUAGACGAAUGGUGUUGUCAGGAGAGAAUGAGACACCGAUCCACAUGCAACAUCCGUUAUCCUGUUGGGGCCGCAACUUCUUGCAGUCCGAAGUAUUUCCAAGUGCAGGAGAAAGAAUAAGUAUGAUGUGGCACCUAAUUCUUCUACUUUAUGAUGCGCUCUGUCUAAAGGUUAUUGGUGGAUCUGUUUCGCUUCUGGUAACAUUAUAUCUUGUGUUAUCGAAAAUCCCCGCUGAGUUCAUGGUAUACAUCUCAGCAUGUUUCGCUUUUAUUUCCGUCAUCCUGAAUAUUUGCUUCCGACCCAACCCUUUGCUCAUGAUAAAUCGCGCAGGAUAUUUUUUGGGUCUAGAGAUUUUCUGGGUUUCCUACCCUUUUUUGGUGCCUGCCGUCCCAUUUUUGAGACAGGAUAGAUGUAUUUUGAUCGCUGUGAUCGCUUUGAUGUGGCUUUUGGAAUACAAGACCCUGACUGUUAGGAACCGCUUUAAAGUUGUUUAUGCAAUGCGUCGUGAUCUUGCCAAAUCGGCCGAAGAACGAGACAUUGAGCCGACUGAUAGAGAAGCGUAUGCAGUGUCGAAAAACAGCGACGAUAAAAAGAAACAACGCCACUGA